AUGCACUUUGGCGGUGAUCUGGCCACGCGGGUUCUAGAUGUGGCCACUAAUUCUGAUGCUGGGAGGGACGUCCCCGAGUUGAUUCGUUCUAGCCACGGUGCCACGGUGGCGGCUAUGGCAUACUUGGCAUCCUUCCCUGUUGGGGAGUAUUAUUUUAACUGGCUCAAAAAACUUAAACUCCAUCCGCGUGAGAACUUGUUUUGGUGGCGGAUUUUUAGGGAUGCAAUUCCGACCAAUGCUUGGCUAUAUCGCCGAAACCUUUCGGAUACUCAUCUCUGCCCUUGGGGGUGCGAUUCGGCGAAAACAACUGAUCAUUUCACGGCCCAUUGCAGUCACCUGAGAAGUAUUCUUGGAUGUCUUGCCAAAUGGGGCAUGGUUCUCCCCUUAUUCGAUUCUUUUGAUGAGGUUAAGGAUUCUUUGCGGAUGCUUGCCGGCUCUAACCCUCUCCCCGGGAAACUCUAUUGCUAUGCGGUUUACCAAUCCUGGCGGGCCCGCAAUGCUAAGAAGCAUGGCAGACAAUUUGGCUCUCCUAAAGUGAUUGCUGCGACGGUUAUCUCCCAAAUUCCAAACGCUUUCCAUAUGCCACCGAUGGAGCAAUGGUGUAUCAAUCAGCCCAUUGGGCUGCCAUUAACCAAGCUAUGGUGCACCCCCCCUCUUAAGUGGCUUAAGGUGAACUUUGAUGCAUCCCUUCUCCCGUCCAACCGUGCAGGUCUUGGCAUUGUGGUUCGUGACGACUUGGGACGGCUUAUUGUGGCGGCCAGUAAGAUGAUUGAGCACUGGGAUACUACGACAGUGGAGCUGCUUGCGGCUCUAAUGCUCCGGGAAGUUUUGGAGGAUUGGAUGCUUGAUUGCGAGGGAUUGGUGAUUGAAGGCGAUAGUGCCAAUGCUAUCAAGUGGCUGCAGGAUUUGUGUGACCCCUGGAACCCACUUUUCCGCCGGGAGGACAAUGUGGAUGUUUCCUUUUUGUGUAACUUUAGGCAAGUCAUUUUCCAGUUUAUUCCCCGGCUAAGUAACCGGCCGGCUGAUUAUUGUGCUAGUCUCGCUAUUUUUGGGAGCUUUAUUCGGAAUGAUGUUUCUUGUAACUUGGUUCCUUCAAACUUUGUUGAUUUGUUGAAGGCCGAGAGUGAUAUGGCCUAG